AUGCCGGAGAGCAAGCUGGGCCGGGACGGCAUGCGCGUAAGUGCCCUGAUCGACAUCACGAGGCCUAGUCCGCUGCAACGGCAGACACAGGACGACAUGCUGAAUGCGGGGUGCGGCGCCGUUCUCUCCUCCCCGUCCGCAGGGUUAUUGGCAGCGCAUGCGGUGCUCAAGAUGCAAACUUACAAAGGGCUGCGCAGCCACUCCGAGGUAGGAGACUCGUCGUGUGUCCUGGACCCAAAACAUGCAAGUCACGACGCACUGAGGCCGGAGCCCGCACGGCAUCAGGGACGAAGCAUGCAAAACAAGGUCGGCCAAAGGCAUCCAGGGGGCAGCUCAUGCGCAAGGCUGGCACAGGGGUGCAGAUGCCGAUGUCUGCACAAGGAAAGCUCCAUGUUUGGACUUCGCACGACCUGA